AUGUUUUUCCCUCUAAUUUCACUUGUUUCCUGUCUCGUCGCUCAUGUCGCAGCGGUACCAACGCCUUCGUCCAAUGUAGGGCACGAUCAUUCGCAUAACGUUCGACGAGCGCUCCCAGGCACUUGGUAUCACGAUGAAGACCAUCCUGCACACAGCUUAUUUAAACGCGCGCCGGGUGAUGGUUCGACAUAUGCGACUGUGGGUACUCCAGCCUGGUCAGCUGGAUUCCCCCAGAGCUCCCCGGACCCGAAUGCACUUCCAGCAGAAUGGGUCAACGCUCUUAACGCCGCUGUGUCGGCUGGAAAAAUUCCAAACAUUCCACAGUCCUCGAAUACCCCCGGGACGAACCCAGUUUACCCAACGGGGUUCAAUCCUAAUGGUCCUGAAAUUUGUUCCGCAACUGCAAAAUGUCGAAUUCCUGGCGAUAUUUGGGACGCGCCCGAUGGUCUUUUUGCAAGUUCUUUCGACGAUGGACCUACGCCUUCCACUCCUACCCUUGUCAAUUUCCUGGGCUCAGUCAACCAGACCACAACGCACUUCAUGAUCGGUAUCAAUUUUCUGUAUUACCCCAACCAGUUUUUGGCGGCUUUCAACGCGGGCCAUGAUAUUGCGGUGCACACAUGGACUCAUCCAUAUAUGACCACUCUCAGCAACCUGCAAAUAGUUGGACAGCUCGGGUGGACAAUGCAGAUGAUACAUAACUCGACGGGUGGUCGUGUUCCAAAGUACUGGAGGCCACCAUAUGGCGAUUCGGAUGCGAGAGUGACCGCUAUUGCUAAGGAGGUAUUCGGCUUACAGACUAUAAUUUGGAAUCACGACACUGAAGAUUGGAAUAAUGGAACGCCGCAGACAAUUGGGGUCUCCAUGACGGGCUUCUUAGCGUCGCCGAAGAGUCCAGGUCUCAUCAUCCUGGAGCACGAGUUGACAGAUAACACAGUCAAUGGAUUCAUUGGAGCGUAUCCUCAAAUCCAGUCAACUGGGUGGAAAUUCUCUUCUCUUGUUAAAGCCAUAGGAGAUGGGCGCACGUAUCGAAAUGCUCAGAAUUCCCUCUCGAAUGAUGUUCAACCAGAUGGAAUUCUAAUCUCACCACCUUCCAAUGUGACGACUUCGUCGUCGUCGUCGUCCUCAUCUUCUUCUUCAUCGUCGUCAUCUUCGGGGUCAUCUUCGUCAUCAACAACGUCGUCUUCAUCUAGCUCUACGACUUCCAGCGCGUCAUCUGCCUCUAACCAUGACAGUGGUUCAGACACUAAGUCAUCAUCAGCGCUCUCCGCCACAUUUGUUCCCAUCUCUACCCACAUCACACUAUUAAUUCUAUGUUUGACCAGCGCCCUCAUUGUUGGAUCAUGA